AUGCUUUCUUUUGGUAAGAAAUUCCCUAGAAUUUCUUAUAAGGAUAUAGCUGAAGCUACGAGAAAUUUCUCAGAGUUAAACCUAAUUGGGAGAGGAAGUUAUGGUUCGGUAUACAGAGGGAAGUUGACUCUAGCUAAAAUUCAAGUAGCUAUUAAGGUAUUUGAUUUGGGGAUACAAUGUGCAGAUAGAAGUUUCUUAUCAGAAUGUGAAGCUUUGAGAGCUAUCAAACAUCGAAACAUUGUUCCAAUCCUAACUGCAUGUUCGACAAUAGACAACAAAGGCAAUGAUUUCAGAGCUUUAGUUUAUGAGUUCAUGUCUAACGGGAAUUUGGACACGUGGUUGCAUCACAGAUGUGCUGGUGUAGCCCCGAAAUAUUUGACCUUAGCUCAAAGAAUAAGCAUAGCCGUUGGCAUAGCUGAUGCCUUGGCUUAUUUGCACAAUGACUGUGGAAGGCCUAUCAUCCAUUGUGAUUUGAAACCAACUAAUAUCCUUCUUGAUGAUGACAUGAAUGCCCAUCUAGGAGACUUUGGCAUUUCAAGGCUCCUUCGUGAUUUUCCGUCUACAACACUUGGGCAUUCAGGUUCUAAUGGCUCGGUCACAGUUAAAGGAACAAUAGGAUAUAUCUCUCCAGAAUAUGCUCAAAGUGUUCAUGCAUCAACUUGUGGGGAUGUUUAUACUUUCGGUAUUGUACUUCUGGAAAUGCAGAUGCUAAUUGGAAAAAGGCCAACUGAUUCAAUGUUUGAGGGUGAAAUGAACAUUGUCAGCUUUGUGGAGAAGAACUUUCCAAAACAGAUGUCACAUAUCAUAGAUGCUCAUCUCCAAGAAGAGUGCAUGUCCAAGCGCUUUUUGCUAGCAAGAGUGGAAAGGGGAAAUGAGGUUCAUCAAUGCCUGAUGUCUCUCGUUGGAAUUGCUCUUUCUUGCACACGUCUACUCCCAAGCCAACGAAUGAACAUGAGACAGGUAGCAGCUAACUUGAACACAGCUUCAUAUGCUAUACAACAGUUACCCAGUGCAACUGUGCAAGGGCAGAUCAUUCUUCGUUAGAGCUUGUAUAAUUAAUUUAGGUCGUGCUUCGAUACAAUAUAGGCAUAAAGCUGGAAAAUGGAGCAUGCUGAAAUUGAUGCACUUGAAAGGGAAAUGAUAUGCCAAAAAUUUUCCCCAAAUUUUACAGUUUCUAUUCCAAUUUGGAUUAGAUGAAAGAUUUUCCAUUUCAAAAUGGAAAGAUCUUUUGCUUUAGAGAGCAUUAGCAAAGAUGUCUGUACGCUAUAAUGGGCGAAGAAAAAAAAAUCAUUCUGCGUCUGUAGCAUAAAAAACAUGAUCCACAUAUUAGAUGAUUUUGACCGGUA